AGAUAUCUUCCGGUUGUUCAUUUGGGCAUGGCAGGCGUCUUCUGGAAGACUCUUCCGAGCGUUUUCUUCAAUCUGCCGGUAGCGCUGCACGGCGCAAGGAGUUAGAAGCGCGGCCUUUUGAGGAGGCGGGAGCCAUGGCCACCUCGGGUCUGGAGAAGCUUGGAGUGGCUGGCGGAGAGGACCUCAGGGAGACUCUCACCAACUGCACGGACCCCCUCAAGGCCAUCGAGCAGUUCCAGCUGGAGAACGGCGUGCUGCUGCCCUCGCUGCAGUCGGCGCUGCCCUUCCUGGACCUGCACGCGAUCCCGCGCCUCGACUUCCACCAGUCGGUGUUCGACGAGCUGCGAGACAAACUCCUCGAAAGGGUGGCGGUCAUCGCCACCGAGGGCCCGCCACUCAGCCGGAACACGAAGCUGGAGGAGCUUCUGGAGAAGAGCUUUGCCCUCGUGCGCAUGCCGUCUGUGCAGCCCGUCGUCAUGUGCCUGCUCAAACACAUUCCCAAGGUCCCCGAGCGCUACCUGAAGCAGGUGACGAGCGACCCGGCGCUGUACGCGGCGUGCGCCACCGAGGUGAAGCGGCAGAUCUGGCAGGAGAACCAGGCGCUGUUCGGGGACGAGGCAUCCCCGCUGUUCAAGCAGUACCUGGCGGAGAGAGAGGCGGCCCUGCUGGGGCCCGAGCUGUCGGCCGUGCACACCUUCUACAGCUCCUCCCCGAAGGCGCGCCGCCACGGGCAGGUGGUACAGAAGCUGACGGGCAUGAUCGGGCGCAACGUGAAGCUGUACGACAUGGUGCUGCAGUUCCUGCGCACGCUGUUUCUGCGCACGCGCAACCCGCACUACUGCACGCUCCGCGCGGAGCUGCUCAUGGCCCUGCACGACCUGGAGGCCACCGACAUCUGCUCUGUCGACCCCUGCCACAAGUUCACGUGGUGCCUGGACGCGUGCAUCCGCGAGCGUUUCGUGGACGUGAAGCGGGCGCGGGAGCUGCAGGGAUUCCUGGACGGCAUCAAGCGGGGCCAGGAGCAGGUGUUGGGGGACCUCUCCAUGAUCCUGUGCGAUCCGUUCGCCAUCAACACUCUGGCCAUGAGCACCAUGAAGACCCUGCAGGAGCUCGUGAGCCAUGAGAGCCUGCCCAGGGACAGUCCGGACUUGCAGCUGCUCUUGCGGAUGCUGGCGCUGGGCCUGGGUGCGUGGGACAUGAUCGACAGCCAGGCCUUCAGGGAGCCCAAGUUGGAUGCGGAGGUGGCGACGCGCUUCCUGCCGGCGCUCAUGACCCUGCUGGUGGACGACCUGACCUUUGGGGUGGACGCUCGCUUGCCGGCAGAAGGAGGGACCCCCCCGACGUACCCCUCCGGCCUGCCCCCCGCCUUCACCAAGUGGGUGCAGGAGCACCCGGUCGCUUGCGAGAUGGGGCUCUACUACGUGCUGCACGUGACGCGGCAGAGGAACAAGAACGCGAUUGCGCGCGUGCUCCCCGCCCUCGCGGAAUUCCACCGGGACGCCGGCUACAGCGAUUGGUUCCUGCACCUCUUCCUGUCCCAGCUGACCCUGCUCGCCGAUGAGCUGGGGUCCGAGGGCCUGUGCGGCGCGCUGUUCGACAGCUUCCUGCUCCCCGCGCUCUCCCGAGAGAACGUGCACAGGCACACGCUGCGGCUGGUGCUGCACGUGCACGCGAAGCUGGUGCCUGCGCGGCUCGCCACGCUACGCACCGCCCUGGAGCCCAACAAGCAGAGUGGCGAUGUUGUGAAGGAGCUUCACACGGCGCUCUUGGCCAAGGGGGACUCUCGUCUGCCCGGCACCGCCGCCAGCGCCGCCACGGCGCCGGCCUCCGCCACCGGCGUGGCACUCACCCCGGGCCUCACGCCCGUGCUGGCGCUCACGCAGCCAGUCGCAAUCAGCACCGCCACGACCCCCGCCACGACCCCCACCACGACCCCCGCCACUGCCGCCGCCACUUCCGUUGGCACCGUCGCCGGCACCGUCGCCGGCACCGUUGCCGGCGCCGCUGCCGGCGCCACCGCUGCCGCUGCAGCAGCAGGUGCAGCAGGAGCCGGAGGAGGAGAGUCUCCCCGGGUUAGCGUCGCGGCCACGGUGACGCCACCGCCGUGAGCGAGUUGGGUGGCGAUUGUCGGCGGAGAGAAUCACACGCGCGUGUGUGUGUGUGUGUGCAUCGCCCAGGGGGUGGUGAUGGGUGUAAUGCACGCAGGUAGCUACGAAUGUAAUACCUUACAUGCAUUACGCACUCGUUACGCACGCAUUACGCACGCGUACACGUUGCACACACGUGUUACGCACGCAUUACGCACGUACAUGCGUGAUACACUAGAUUAGCGUUACCUACAUACGCGUUAUGUUAAACACACGCGUGUUAUACAUGUUAGGUUACACCCGUUUUACACACGCGUUACACACACACGCACUAUACACAAGUGUUAUACACACGCGUUAACCACGCACGCACUAUAUACACACGCGCGCUAUACACACGUGUUAUAUACACACGCGUUAUACACACACACACACACGCGCGCGCACGACGUACACGCACCGCUUGAGUACACCGCCAUUUGGGCAAUGCCCCCUCGUGCUAUUGCACCCUCAUGCCCCGAGCGUUCACCACGGUUUUACUGCCUUUGAUUGUGCCGUGCACCGCUGCGUCCGUUCACCCUGGAGUUCAGAACGCCAGGCCCGGUGAAGCUACCCUCAGGGGUCGUGCAGCCCCUGCGGUAGAUCCGUUGUCCGUUAUUUCCAGCGUGCAAGGUCAUUUAUAUUUUUCUAAUGUAAAAAUAUAGAAAGCGAUCCCACAACGCGCAAUCCAGCGCUGCAGCGGGCACCGUAGGCAACACGUGGGAGCGAGCAUGGGGCUUGCGUGAAGACGCGCGAGGCAGCGUAGCCGCGUCGCCGUCCUCACCACGCAGUUUCUGGAGCUUCGGGAAAGUGCGAGUUGAGAUCUUUUCCGAGUUUUUCUGUUUUUUUAAAGGUCGUGGUAAAACUCGUCCGUGAUAAGCGGGCAGCCGCGAUAUACCCACCUCCCCUGCCCCGGGUGGAUAGAGGCUGUGAGCCGAAAGCAGCGGUGAGAUUUGGGUCACAA